AUGGGCGCGCACGAUGGAAAAAAAGUCACCGUUACUUAUUUCGAUGAUGAAAUUUGGUUAUCUGUUGCUGAUGCAUUCAAAUCUCAUCUUCCAAUUCGUAACUUGCAUUGGAAAUCAGCGAAAGGUACAUUGCGUAAUAUAAACGCAUUAGACAUUGAAAUGAAACGAUUUUCUCCUGAUUCCACCGAAAAGCAACAUAUGAUGCCAGAGACUCUACUAGAAAACCCUUAUCUCAAUUUAUAUUUUGUUAAUUGUGACGAUAAUGAUGCAUAUCGUACAGUAGUUCGACAGAAAAUUCGUGAUUGGAUUAACAUUGUUACCUCGAAAAGAAAUCAAGAAUGGUUAAUAGUUUAUGUUACUAAACAGGAAACAUUUAGAAAUGCUGCAAGAUAUUUUAAUAUGAAGGGAACUGUAUUUGAUAAAAUUAAAGCUGAUUUCUCUAUUAAUAAGCGAGAAAGAUAUGUACAACUUCGUCUCUCUGAUAAUGAUGGUGAAGAUUACGAAUCUUGGCAAGAACUGAUGACAAAAGUAAAAGAAGGAAUCUUAAUUAGUUUUGAUCAGCAUGUCGUUCAAUAUGAAGAAGAUAUACGACUUUUUGACUCUCAAAGAAAUAUGAUUGGUUGGAAUUAUUGUCGAUUUUUUAUAUUGAAGGAAGGGUUGGCUUUAACAUUUGAGGCCAUGAAUUUGUAUGAAGAAGCAUUAGUUCAAUAUGAAGAAUUAGAGGCUUCAUUUUCACAAGUUUUGAAAGAUAGGGCUUUGGCCUGGUUUGGUAGCUUUGGAGCUACAGAUUUUGAAGAUGAUAGUGCUAACAUAUUGGAUAUCAAAAAGAAGAAUUAUAGAGAUCUUAUUAUGCAAAAUACAAUUCCCGAAUUUGAUUUUAGGAGUUAUUUAUUUGCUAGGCAAUGCCAAUUAUUGGGAAGAUUACAAAGACCAGUAGAUAUUUGUCGAAGGGCACAAUUAUUUAUUUCUACUUUUGGAAGAGCAAUUAAAGAACAACAAACAAUUGUUGGAGAGCAUUUUCUUGAGUCAUGGAUUUACUCUUCAUGCAUGAGUGUAGUUAAUGAAUGUGAAGAAUUGUUUUCAUUCACUUCUUUGGAUGAUCAAUCAUUAAUGGCAUUUAAUGCAGCUAAAGGUGAACUCUUAGAUUUGGCUAGAAAGCAGUUGGAUAAGCUUGGUAUUUAUUAUAAACAUCUUCCACCUUCUCUUCCUUUCACAACGGCUUUGAGUGAAGUAACACAUCCAACUUCACCCAUUCUUGAGAACGAAAGCAAGAGAAAUUUCACCAUAACCAAUAAAGAAUUAAAUGAAGCCAUUGAAAACACGGAUUAUCAAAAAUUUGAUUUACUCUACUUGUCGAUCACAAAUAGAGCAUUGAAGGCUUAUGAAGGAAGUACUCGUGUUCAUAGUUCAUAUCGUUUAUCAGGAGAUGUUGCGGCUUUGCAAUUUCAUCGUAAAAAUUAUGAAAGUGCUGCACAAUUAAUGGAAGAUUUACCCUGGCGAUAUGGUGAACAAGGAUGGACUGUUAUUGAAAAUAAGGUAAAAAAACGUUGUAAAUCUCUGGAGAAAGGUGAAGAUAUUGUACGGCCAUUCAAGCCAAUGUUUGAAGUCUCUGUAAAAGCUAUGGUUGACGAUAUUACUGAUGAAGACGGACCUUAUUUAGCAGUUGAAUUGACAAAUCUUUUGCCAAUAUCAUACACGUUCGACGAACUAGUUGUUCAUUUGGUAAAUAGUCAGUCCGAAGGAAUUUGGUUUGGUAUACGAGAUCAGGAAUUAAACCCUGGUUCAAAUGAAUACAAGCUUUAUUCCGAUAACAGUGCUUCCGGAAAUUAUGUUGCUGAAAAUAUUCAUAUGUCUAUGGGAAAAGUAGUUUUCAUGCAAAAUUUCUUGAAUGAAAACAAAAAGAAAUCAUUUAGAAUAAAUGAACAUCCCGCAGUCUUAAGAGCGCAAAUAAUUGCACCUAAUGAAAUUCAUGUUGGCGAACAACAAUAUUUUAUUGCUCAAAUUUUCACUGGAUUAACUAAUGUAAUAAAAGGCACACUUACACUUGAUCCUUUAUCCGAAGGUCUAACUUUUCCACAAACUGAUAAAUACCAAGCAGUUGUUAAGAUUAUGGAUCAUGGUGUUAUAUCGAAUGAGAUUGAUUCGGAAAUGGAAUUAAAUGUUUCGGAAAAUAAUCAAAUACAAUUACCACCAUUACAACCGAAUAAAUUAAUUCAGUUCAAAGUCCCAUAUGAUUUUAAUUGGAAUUCUAUUGAACACAAAGAACAAAUUAAAUUAACUGUAAUAUAUGAUCGUAAAGCAAAAUCGCGGAUUUUUACAGCUGUAAAUACAGUCAAGAUUUGUUUGUUCUUAAAAAUGGACGUCACAUUAAACGGAUAUAUUCCUGUGCGAAUUCUUGAUACAUCUUUGGUUCCAUCAAAAGUUUAUGAUGUUGUUGAUAGUCCACCUCUGGCAUCUCCAAUUGUGACGGUAAAUUUAUUAGACACAAUUUUCAUUUCAGUCAUUUCAAUCCAAUUUUAUUAUCUUACGCCAAGAGAUCAUUUAAUAGAAGUAGAGAAGUUUGUUGAAUAUAAUUUAAAUAAACUCCUGGAAUCAAAGAAUCUAUUGCAACAUUCUCGAUAUCUUCUUGAAAACGCGAAAGAAUAUUUAUUAAAAGCGGUGGAUUAUGUGACGUAUGGUAUGACAGACGUACUAGAUUUAGGCGAAUUGAACAUAGUACAAUUUUCUGGUGAUCUUAAAUCCUCAAUCUCGUUCCCUGUUGAUGUACCUUCUUCAAAGGUUCUGAACACUGUAGAAUUAGUAAUAUCCAAGCCUAACGAUUUGGUUGUUGGAGAACCAUGUCAUUGCCGUUUGGUUAUUAGACAUUCUUCUUAUUGGGAUUACGCAUUUCAAACUGAUAACAAUAAUCCAUUUGAAUUCUAUUACGAUGUUCAUGUGGAUUUUGAUAAUUGGUUGUUAGCUGGACAUAAAAAAUUAUGCUUUACUUCGAAGGUUGGUGAAACCAAAGAAUUCCCAAUUACGCUGGUACCUUUGAAAACUGGAUUCCUUCUUGUUCCUCUAAUAAGAAUCGCCAGUCCUUCUCCUAAUGUAUUUUCUGAGACUGUUUACCUAAAUAAUGCUGAACAAGUUCUUGUUCGACCUCGUACUCAAUCAGCAACGUUUUUCAUUGAACAACAACAUCGUAUACAUUCAAUACAUUCAGGUUCUGGAUUUGGUGGUCCUGGGCAUCAUCAUAAUGAUUCGGGCCUGGACGAUAUUAAUAUUGAUUAA